AGACCCUUCUCACGUCGGCAUCUCAUCUCUUCGAACGUGAGUUGUUUAACGUUCAGAGGUGGCGUUCGAAAGUUGUUCCGCGGUCGCGGGUUGGGAUGGACGUUGCUCACGUUCAAUGGUGCGUUGUCUUUGAUUGUGCGCUCGUCCAAGUGUUGGUGCCGUUGCUCCAAGUUACGCACACUCUCUCGCCCGAUCCUCGGUGUGGCCGUUAAGUGUUCAUCCCUCCUUCGUGCAGACUCCAUGGCCUCGCGCAUGGUCCGUGGUUGGUCGAGCCUUACUUCUGCGGCUAGCUCGAAUUUGAGCCCACCUAUGAAA